GUCGUUCAGCUGCCGUCCCGACCUUCAAAGAAAACCUGGUGAAAUGUCUGAGUGAAAAACAAAUUGAUUGUUUAAGCAGGAGAACCAUUAUGUCUCCGAAGCUGGUUUGCCUCGAUGCGAAGGUGCUGCUCAUAACAAACCUGCCCAGGUAUUUCGACGGCUGCUACAGAGAGGAUGACGUUGCUGAUCUGCUGCGCCCGUUUGGUUUCAUCUUUAAGGGGAGCAACAUCUACGUUAUUCCUGAAAAGUGCAUGGCGUUUGCCCUGAUGCCGUCUGUGAAAAGUGUUCAAAACAUCGUGGCUUAUUCCGACCAGAACCACAUAGUUUUCAGAGGAUCUAAACUGUCAGUCGGAGUUGUUCACAACAUGGUUUCCAUGACGCCAUUUGGCUUUUAUUCAUUUCUGAUCAAAAGGACCCAUUCUAAACUGAAGGACGAUGGAGGAAGUUUGAUCUUCAUCCACAACAUCUCCCAGAGCGAAGCCGGCGCUCUGAGGGAAACUCUGAUAAAAAUCGGCUCUGUGAGACGAUACCUGCCUCUUCUCAACAAGGUGUUUGUUGAAUUUAAAGACAGACAAGAGGCGGACAUGUUGGGAGUUUGGUACAGCCUGCUGAAGCGCUCUCCAGCUCAUCAUGUCUUCAGGAUGAAAAUACCUCAAAUCAACAGUCUUUCUCCACCACCAACAGUGCCAAGCAGAGCUUUGCCAGAUGUUAGUGAAGCUGUCGAUGGCGCCGUCGUCCCAACUAUAAAACGUGGCGUUCCUCAGGGCAGCACUCCUCCGUUCUGGAUCACCAUGACAACCAGCCCUUUAGUAUUUCCCACCUUUUGUCCCUGGUUCAACAUCCCAGAUUAUCUGACAGUCAGUCUGAACGGUUUAAAGAAAACCAUCAGCCAGGCCUCAAAGUUCUGCACCGUCAUGCUAACGGGUUUGCCUGAGAGAAACUACACCCACCAGGACGUCGCUAAGCUAGUGUGGAAACAUUUCCCCAAACAGAAUCUGCAGACUCUGUUCUACAACGUGGUGGUUUUACCGCUGCAGAGGAGGGCCUUUGUGUUUUUCAGCAGCUGGGACGGAUGCAGUGAUUUUGUCGGAAAUCACAUCAUAAAUCCAGUUUUUGUUAAAGGCUCCAGGCUCAGUGUUCACCUGGUGUUGGAGGACAUGCAGCCCGGAUUCAGUGAGGAGACGAUGUACCGAUCUGUGAUGAAGUGGAGCAACGCUCACGUUUCUCAGCUCCGGCCUCUGGACAAGCGGCUGCUCUGCGUGGAGAUCUCUGAACCUACAACUCACCUCGUCAUGAUGGUCAUGAAAAAAGUGGCAACCGUUGCUCCUUUCGUCAACUUCCUGCCGCUGGCUAACAGGAUUGUGAUUGAAAUGGCUGAACCAAGCGGCGUAACAGCAGCUGUUCUCCAAAUCUCACUGAACUCACCAGAACACCAACUGUGGAGCAAAGUGAAACGUAUUGAACCUUUAAAGAGUCUGAAUCGGCGUCUUCGAGACUCAAGAGAGGCUGUGAUAAACCUUGAAUCGGACUCAUCGAUGAAACCAGCUGCUACAUCAAAAUCCAAACCAGACAAGAGAAACCUUUGUUCAGAACCAGAAACGCCAUCAGAGAAUCUUUCUCCAAAGAGGAGGAAGCUGGAGCUGAGUGACCAAUCCCAGAUACUUUACAAUAAAACUGAAGAUGAAACAACCCAGAAAAAACGUCAGGAAGACCUUCAGGUCCAUGUCAGUUCAACUGAAGAUCAGACCAAAAACAAAACUAAAGUCCAGAAACCAGAAAGUCUCUCCAAGCUUCUGUCUGAAGACUUUAAACUUCACCAAACGAUGGACUCAAUGGAGGAUCAACCAGAAACUAACAAAGAAAGCAUCGCUGUCGCAACCAGAACCAAACCUCCUAAAGAUGAAGAAAUGGUUCACGAGACACAAAGGUUGAGUUUUCCUGAACAAAGACGAGCUGGAAACAUUUCCUAUCAGAAAGCGACUGAAGACGAUGAAGAGGAGGAAAGACCAGCAAACGAAACGAGAAAGCUCCCAAAGUCGUCUUUGAAAGUUCUCAGGAAUCUGGAUGAAGUGAAAGAGGAAGACGAUGCGACGGAGGAAGAGUUGAGGGAAGGUUUAUGGAAGGAAAACCUUCAGGAUGAGGAUGAGGAAAACUCAGCCGGUGAGUUUGUGGAGCCCAUAUUGGGUUUUUUCUGCUCCAUUUGUUCGGUUUUCUUCCUGGACGAGGACGCAGCCGAGGAUUCGCACUGCUGCAGCCGCUCUCACCUCCGCAACCUGCAGAUUUAUUACCAGAAACUUUUACAACAUUAAUCUGAGGAACGAUGUGAAGGUAAAUCCAAUGUUUCAUUUUAUCAACUCAACAUGAAUGUAAAGCCAUUGGUUUGUUUUUUGGCUGUAAAGUUUUCCUUCAUCUGCUAAGUUAACUGCAGAUUAAAGUUUUUCAUUUCCUGUCAUUUGGGUCCAGAUCAGAUCAGAACCAAGUCUGUUCACGCUCCAAAAAGAGCUAAAAAUCAUUUUUCUCUUUCUGAAUUUGAGUAGUUUAUAGGUUUUCUAGUAAGGAUUGGAUGAGAAGUUUCUGUAAUCAAGUGAACGUAUUAUUAUAAAUGUAUCUUUUUGUUUAAAAUAUCAAAUAAAACUAAGGAUUGUUAGAUAAAAAGUCACUUAUAAACCACUGCAGUGAACAUCAGCCUUUUUGUGGAUAUUUCUUUGGUAGAAAAUAUUUUAACAUUUUUCAGCAAAUUAUUUACCAUAGACUUAAAACAAUAAAAUUCUAGUUCUACUAGCAGAUUGUCUCAAGUGUGGGAAAAAAAUGGGAAAGUUAAAACUAGUAAUUUAUCUAGAGUUAAUU